GGGGAGAAAGAGAAGGAGAGAAACAUUAAUGUAAGAGAGAAACAUUGAUCCGCUGCCUUCAGCAUAUGCCCCAACCAGAGACUGAACCUGCCACCCACGCUUGUGCCCCGGGUUGGAAUCCAGCUGGAGAACUCUCACUUUGUGGGACGAGGCCCAACCCACUGAGCUACACCAGUCAGGGCUGACCUGGGAUUCUUUAGUAACAUUUCCUGAUUCAAGUUUAAAUGAUUUCAAAUUAUUGUGGUGCUCGUCAGCCUCCCAGUACUUGUCACAUUCCAGUGACAAAAUAAUGUUUCAGCACUUAGGCACUUGCUCGCCACGUGUAGCACUUGCUACAACUUGUAUAAGUCACGAUGUCACCUGGCAAGGGAAAAUGCUUCAAAUACUUUGUUGCUUGCUUGCCACUAAGAAGGAAUCAAGGACAAAUAGCGAGGUACCACUAUAUUUGCUCUAAAUUAUUUUUUAAACUGGAAUGCACUUUUAAAUUGAUGCUCCAUCUAGCAAAUCUGGGGUGUGGAGAGAGAAUUGGAGUGGGGCUGGAGUAGGAGCUGAUACUACAGUCUGGGCUUGAGAGGAAAGUGGAAUAUGUGUGGGUGGUGGUCGUAAGCGGUCUGAUUCCAGAUAUACUUUGAAGGUAUUGCUGACAGAUUUGGAUGAUUCCAGGAAGAGCGCUGUCAUUUUGACUUGAGUGAAAAUGCUUCUGGGAAAACAUUGCACGCCAGUUUCCUAUUCAGUGUCCAAAUGGAGACACUGAGUAGAUAAUUGGAUGUAUGUGGCUGGAAUUCAGGGGAGAGGCUAAAGAUGUGAGUCUGGGAAGCAUCUGGAUAGAGGUGGCAUCUGGAGUCAUAAGACUGGAAGGGAGCACAUGGAGUGAAAGGAGAUAGAGAAGAAGAGAGGACCAGAUCUGAGUCCUGGGGGGAAUCUGAUAAUAAAGGGACAAGAGGAGGAACCAGCAAAAGAGAAGAAAAGGAGGUAGGAAGCAACUCAACAGAGUGGUUUCCUGGAUGCCAAGUUUAGAAAGUGUGUCAAGGAGGGAGGGAAUGACCCAUUGUGCCAAAUGCUGCAGAUAGGCCACGUAAGAUGAGAAUUGAGACGUGACUGUGAGGUUUAGCAGAGUGGAGGUUACUGGUGGCGCUGACAAGGGCAGUUUCAGUGGAGAGGCAGAGAGUGAGAGCCUGGAUGAAGAGGGAGAAAGGAAUGGGAAGCAGAGAAGGCAAACCUCAGUUUUGCUGUGAAGCAGAAAUGGGAGGGGAGCUGGAUGGAAAUGGUCGCUUUAAAAAAAAAUAAUAACCCUCACUCAAGGACAUUUUUCAUUGCUUUCAGAGAGAAAGGGGGAGAGAAACAUCCAUGUGAGACAGGAGCAUCCAUUCGCUGUUUUCUGUACACACCCGGACCUGGGACUGAACCGCAGCCUAGUAGGUAAAAGGAGCAUCGCGCCGUGGCGAAGUGCGCAUGCGCGUCCUCCUGCCCGCCCUCCGAGGGAGGUCCUCCGUCGGACUUUUGACCCCGCCCUCUCUCCGCUCACAACCGCCCGGAGCCCCGCCUCUCAUUGCUGCUCUCCGGGUUGUGGCUCAGCUUGUGUCCCCAGUAAACUGCGGUUUUGGAUUCGAGGCUCCACGCCUUUUUCACGUUUGCCGCUUCAUCCCCAUGGGGGUUGGGAAUGAUGGAAGUUCUUUCCUGUCUCAAAUCUUUCUAGACCUUUCUACCCCGACAGUCGCUCCACAGACCAUAAGUUCCCGAUUCUGGAUUAUGGUCCAUGGCAGCAGUCUAAGCAGAAAGUCAAGUCAUCCACUCUGCUUCCAGUCCUACAAACCAGUGGCCCCAAGAAAAGCAAAAUGAAGACUUGGAUUAGCAUCCAGCCAGGGUAUUCCAAGCCCACUGUGUUGAGGACAGGCCAGCUGAGGAAUCCACAGGAACCUCUGGGAAUGCAGUUGGACUCUACAAAGGCCAAAUUCCGGUUCCUGAAGGUGAUGCUCAGGAACCAGCAGAUCUCACUCCAGGAGCUCCGCAACCAGGAAGUCUUCCUCACCAAGCUCAAUCAGGAUCUGAUCAAGACCAUCCAGGACAUGGAGGAUAGCUCAGCACAGAAAAUGCGCAGCAUGCUUCAGCAGCAGAACGUCUUUCGGACCAUCGUCCACCUCUUGGCGUACUCAAACGGGAAGAAGCUGCAGCAGACGAAGUGUGAGCUGCAGCAGUGGAAGGAGAAGGAGGACUCCAAGAUGAGCUCCUGGUGUGAGCUGGCUUCAGCCCAGAACCCACUCCAUUGGCCAAGGAGAGCUUUGCCUCCACGGGAGGGGGUCCUGGAGGGAGGAUCCUGCCUCCUGCUCCUCCUGACCUCUCCAGACCUGAAGCAGCAGGUGGAGCAGCUGAAUGCCAAGAUCAAGAAGACUCAGGAGGAAGUGAAUUUCCUGAGCACUUACAUGGACCAUGCGUACCCGGUCAAGGUGGUCCACAUUGACAACCUCGUGCACCAGCUGCAGCAGGUGAAGGACAACCAGCAGGACGAGUUGGAUGACCUGAAGGAGAUGCUCAGGACAGUCCUGGACUCGUUGUCUAAUGAGAUUCAGACUAAGAGAAGAAAGCUGCUGAGCUCCCUGGUGGUGAAAACCCAGCAACCCUGCCAGGAGGUUCUUCUGCAGAAGACAUCGGAAAACCAUAACAUGGUGAAGUACGCAGACAAGUUCAGAGACUUCGCCAACCAGUUCAAGCAGGAAAUACCCAAAUUACGGGCCGAGGUGAGGCAGCUCCAAGUCCAGAUCCAGGACCCCCGAGAGGUCGUGUUUGCAGACGUUCUGCUUCGGAGACCCAAGUGUACCCCAGACAUGGAUGUCACCCUCAACAUCCCUGUGGAAGAGCUGCUACCCUUCUAGGUGGCAGGGCCACAGCCGCUCCUUCCCUGCUUUCUUCCCUACACCUGGAGCCUUGAGCCAUCUCCUCCCCAGGCCACACCCCCAUUUAGGCCCCACUGGUCUUCCUCCCCCUGCACCCUCCCCCUCCCCCUCCCUCGCUCCCUCCUCCUCUUGGUUUGGUGCUGCUGCUUGGGCCAGGUGGGAAUUUCCAGUCAGGUCUACCGUUUCUUUUUGUCAAUAAAGCUGGACUUGCAUUUGU